AUGCAACCUCAGGAUCUCCUGAAUGGUAUCGACCAUACUAUGCUGAACCACGAGCAGAAUCGAGUGUAUGAAUUUGUCGAGCAGCUGCUGCUCACGUCCGAUGAGGAGGGGUCCCUUGAAAACGCCUUUAUUUUGCACGGCGUCGGCGGUACUGGAAAGUCGUUUCUCAUCAAGUGUCUGGUGAAGUUGUGCCUUUCCAAAUUUGGUGCCGGGAGCUGCUUGGUUAUGGCGCCGACUGGGAAGGCGGCAUCUAUUCUACCGUUUGGAAGGACACUGCACUCUGCACUAAGGCUGCCUGUUCCACUGGUGGAAUCUGGAUUCGAACCUCUAGCUGCGGAAAGUCUCACAAAUUUCCAAGAUGAGAUGGGCAAUAUGCGGCUCGUGAUAAUCGACGAGUUGUCUAUGAUUGGCUGCAGGUUUUUAGCGGCCAUAGACUCUCGAUUGAAGCAGGCUCGACCGUCCUCGUCGUCCAAGGCCUUUGGUGGGUUUCCUGUGAUACUGUCCGGGGAUUAUGGCCAACUCCCACCAGUGCUUGAUAAACCGCUGUUCUCAGAGCCUAAUGGUCAUGAGUCUAUGAUGUGCAGACAAGGCCGGUUGGCAUUCAGCACGAUCCGCCGUGCGUUUUUCUUGGAUGAAAUCGUCCGGACAAAGGAGAGAGACUUCCAAAGUCUCCUCCUCCGUGUCCGAGAUGGUGUUCAAACACCCGAGGAUCUCACAGUGGUUUUAGCUCGGCAGCUGCACCGGCUUCCUGCAAUCGAGAGGCAGAAAUUUCAGGCUAGCAUCCUUCUCUGUUCCACCCGUGGUCGAGCAGCGGAGGUCAAUGAAGAGUAUCUACAUAGAGAACCUGGUGGAUCGGUCGUAUUGACAGCAACCCACUCAGGACGAGGGGCUGCCUCUCAUUCUGAUGAGCUUGCCAAGGGAUUACUGCCACGCGUAGAGCUCAAAAUCGGGUCGCCGGUCAUGCUAACUGCCAACCUGGGCAAGGUUUUCGGAGUUUUUGCGAGUGAUGCCCAUGACAAUCUACCGGUGGUACUUGUCGACUUUCCCGACUAUGAGGGUCCCCCGUUGAACCCCAACUUCCCAACUGUAGUCCCUAUCCCUGCGGUUACUCGUACGUGGCAUAAUGAUGGGCGUGUGUACUCGAGAACUCAGGCUCCUCUGGUUCUGGCAUAUGCCACAACUAUAUACAAAUCACAAGGGAGCUCUCUCUCUUGCUACACAAUUGACUUUGGAUCAAAAGAAAUCG